AUGCUGGGAGCUGUGCUGUCUCCCAGUGCAUGCUGGGAGCUCUGCUGUCUCCCAGUGCAUGCUGGGAGCCCUGCUGUCUCCCAGUGCAUGCUGGGAGCUGUGCUGAUGAACGCUGUGCUGCUGUCAGUGUUUCAGCGCAGCGCGGUUCUGGACCUGCAGUGCCCCCGCGGGCUGUCGGAGCUGGGCUUCCUGGACCUGCUGCGCUCACGCUGCCCCCUGCUGGCGGACGGACGGCCCUUCGACGUCUUCAUCGCCGCCAAGAACCGGCGGCUGCAGCCGCUGGCGGCGCAGAGCCUGACGCCGGAGCAGAUCUGCUGCGGCCACCGUUCAGGCGGGAACCCGACGCUCUACAUCCGGCUGAAGGAAAGCGAGGAUCCAUCUUCAUCCGACGCUGCGGCGAUGAAGAGAGACAAAACCGACCUUCAUUCCUGCCCUGCUGACGGUAGUGAGGAAGCCGACCCAGGCCUGGAGGCUGAAGACGACGACUGGAGGCCUGAUCCCGAACCACAGACCGCCAAAAGGCCGAGGAAGCGGAAGGAGAAAAGGGCGACGCAGAUGACCUUUGAGAGCAAGAGGUCCUGUAUGGUGUGCGGCGCCUGGUACAGGCAGCUGGGCAGUUUGAUCAGCCACGUCUGGAACCACGCAGGCGACCCGCAGGGCGUCUGCGGCGCCUGCGGAGAGAAGUUCGAGUCUGCAGACGAGCUAAAGGAGCAUCUUCGAAACCACCAGAAGGUCCACAGCUGCCAGCACUGCGGGAAGACGUUCGUGUCCGUCCAGAGCCUCAACCUCCACGAGGCGAAGCACACCGGACAGAGUCGGUUCCGAUGCGGCGUCUGCAGCAAAACCUUCACCAACAUGGCCUCCCUCAACUACCACCAGUGGCUGCAUGUGGAGGACAAGCCGCACAAGUGUGACGUCUGCCUCAAGACCUUCGGCUUGGAGUCGCACCUCGUGUCCCACAAAAAGCUGCACACGGUCAAGGAAAAGCACGUCUGCGACGUCUGCAACAGGUCGUUCCGGCUUCGCCGCGCCAUGACCCAGCACCGCCUGACCCACUCCGACGACAAGCAGUACGCCUGCGACGUCUGCGGGAAGCGCUUCAAGCUGGAGGGUUCGCUGAAGGUCCACGCCAAGACGCACACGGAGAGGGACCGGACGUUCCUGUGCCACGUCUGCUGCCGGACGUUCCUGUGGAAGGGAACGCUGAUGGCUCACCUGAAGACCCACAGCAGCGUCCGGCCGUUCGUCUGCGCCGUCUGCACCAAGGGCUUCUGGUUCAAGUGCGACCUGAAGAAGCACAUGAGGAUCCACUCCGACGAGGCGCCGUACGAGUGCUCGGAGUGCGGCCGCCGCUUCAAGCAGAAGGCCAACCUGGACAGCCACAUCAAGAUCCACAUGGGCAUCAGGAGGUUUGUGUGCGGCGAGUGUGGGAAGGAGUGCUCCCGACGGGAACACCUGAAGGUCCACAUGCGGACCCACAACGGAGACAAGCCCUACAAGUGCAGCGUCUGCGACCGGGCCUUCACCCAGAGCCACUGYCUGAAAACGCACAUGAAGAGUCACCCCACGGAGGGAAACCUGGACCCGACCCAGACUCAAGGCAUGUACGAAAACCCGGCUCUGGACCCGUCCCAGAGCCACGGGAUGGAAGGAGAGCCGGUUCUGGACCCGUCCCAGAGCCACGAGAUGGAAGGAGAGCCGGUUCUGGACCCGUCCCUGAGCCACGAGAUGGAAGGAGAGCCGGUUCUGGACCCGUCCCUGAGCCACGAGAUGGAAGGAGAGCCGGUUCUGGACCCGGCCCAGAGCCACGAUAUGGAAGGAGAGCCGGUUCUGGACCCGUCAGAAACCUGAACUGAUACCUUAAAUUCAUGACUUUAUUCCUAUCAGACUUUUACAUGUAAUAAUUAACUUGUAAUGACAAAAAUAAAUAAAACAGUUGAUCACUGGA